CUUACAACCCAACAUGGCUGCGCCCUACCAAGCAUGUUUUUUAUUUGAUUAACUUUAGUUCUCCUUUAGACACAGUUAUAUUUAUCUGAUUUGGAUUUUUCAUCACACCUCUGAGAAUUCAUACAUUGCGAUUAAAAUGUAAAGAAAUGUAGCGUAUGUUGACACGAUUUAACAGGGUCUGCGGCGUUAAAUUGGCUAGCUAUCAGGGCUAAUGUCAAUGCCCUGUACAGAAGCUUUAGCCAGCUAACGAAUUGAUUACCUAACGAACAUUAACAUGCAGCUGUCUUUAAUAAAACAUCAAGGGUGUGCAACACCUUUUUUAAGGCAUCUUUUGGACUUCAGGGUUUAUCAAACAAGACAAAGGAGCCAGUGCUGUAAAAUAGCUUGCACGGUCAUUAGACACCGAUGGAUGAAGAGGGUACCUGUUUUCUGCACACACAACACCACCAACAAGAUGAUCAGUACACAGGCUGACAAAAACAUAGAUAUGUCAAAGUUCCCAGUGGAGAGGAUCAGAAACUUCAGCAUCAUUGCUCACAUUGACCAUGGGAAAAGCACCUUGGCUGACCGGCUUCUGGAACUAACAGGUGCCAUAGCCACGACAGAUAAGAACAAACAGGUGUUGGACAAGCUGCAGGUGGAGCGAGAGCGAGGGAUAACUGUGAAGGCCCAGACAGCCUCCUUGUUCUACAAGUACCAGGGACAGACCUACCUGCUCAACCUCAUUGAUACACCAGGUCAUGUUGACUUCAGUUAUGAAGUGUCUAGAUCCAUCUCAGCGUGCCAAGGUGUACUGUUGAUUGUUGAUGCCAAUCAGGGGAUUCAAGCACAGACUGUGGCUAACUUCUACUUGGCAUUCGAAGCUCAGCUGACCAUCAUUCCUGUCAUCAACAAGAUUGAUUUGAAAAAUGCUGAUCCAGAGAGGGUAGAAAAACAGAUUGAGAAGGUGUUUGAUAUUCCAUCUGAAGAAUGUAUUAGGAUUUCUGCCAAACUGGGAACCAAUGUAGAACAAGUCCUCCAAGAGGUGGUGAAACGGUUACCACCACCAACCUUUAAAAAAGAGGACCCAUUCAAAGCCCUGGUGUUUGACUCCAACUUCGAUCACUACAGAGGGGUGGUGGCGAACAUCGCUCUGUUCGGAGGCUAUUUGUCUAAAGGAGACAGGAUCAUAUCUGCGUACCUGGGGAAAAGCUACGAGGUCAACGAGCUAGGCCUCCUCAGGCCAGAUGAGCACCCCACAGACAGAUUGUACGCAGGCCAGGUGGGCUAUGUGAUAGCAGGUAUGAAGGAAGUGAAGGAGGCCCAGAUCGGUGACACCCUCUACCAUCAGAAACAUCUGGUAGAAGCUUUGCCAGGGUUCAAGCCAGCCAAGGCCAUGGUGUUUGCCGGGAUGUACCCUAUGGACCAGUCAGACUACAGCGCCCUCCGCAGUGCUGUGGAGAAACUGACGCUCAACGACUCCAGUGUGACGGUCCAGAGAGACAGCAGUUUGGCACUGGGAGCAGGCUGGAGACUCGGCUUCCUGGGCCUGCUCCACAUGGAGGUGUUUAACCAGCGCUUGGAACAGGAGUACAACGCCUCUGUCAUAGUGACAGCCCCCACUGUGCCCUACAAGGCUAUCCUGUCCUCCGCCAAGCUCAUUAAGGAGCAUGGGAAGGAGGAGAUCACCAUAGUGAACCCAGCCCAGUUCCCAGACAGGUCCGUAGUGAAAGAGUACCUGGAGCCCAUGGUGAUGGGGACCAUCAUCACCCCUGAUGACUACAUUGGGAAAAUCAUGAGUAUCUGCUUGAAUCGCCGAGCCGUCCAGAAGAACAUGGUGUACAUUGACGACCACCGAGUGAUGAUGAAAUAUCUCUUCCCUCUGAAUGAAAUUGUCGUGGACUUCUAUGACCUCCUCAAAUCCAUGUCUUCAGGAUAUGCCAGCUUUGACUAUGAGGAUGCAGGGUACCAGGCUGCCCAUGUGAUCAAGAUGGAUAUUCUGCUGAAUGGGAAACCUGUGGAGGAACUCACCACUAUUGUUCACAAAGACCGGGCAUACAGUGCAGGCAAAGCCAUGUGCGAGCGCCUGCAAGACGCCAUACCCAGACAGAUGUUUGAAAUCGCAGUACAAGCAGCCAUCGGCAGCAAAGUCAUCGCCAGGGAGACAAUAAAGGCUUACAAGAAAAAUGUGCUCGCAAAGUGUUACGGAGGUGAUGUAACAAGAAAGAUGAAGCUCCUGAAGAAACAAGCGGAGGGUAAAAAGAAGAUGCGUUAUAUUGGAACCGUGCAAGUCCCCAAGGAUGCCUUCAUCAAUGUUCUGAAGAGGAAAGACAAGUAGAAUAUCAGUAUCCUUAGUCAUUGAAGGUAUUUUUUUGUUCAACAAAUUAACAAACAAUAUUGUUACCAUCAAAAUAACUUCAAUGUCCCAUACAUAAAGAUGUCAAAUUUUAACAUUGUUUAUUCUUAUAAUGUAGAUCCCGUUGCCUAUGAAAACAUGUAACAAUUACUCAGUUUACCCUCAGGAGAAGCAUCUGGUACUGGCACACUUGCGUUCACCUGUCCAGUCAUGUCUAGUCUGAGGGCUCUAUUCAAUCCGUAUUGCGUAAAUGCAAAUGUAAAGAGUGUUCCCGCGUUGGCAGAGACAGCAUCACAUGUCAGCUCAAUCUGGAAUUACCUUUACAUUUCAAUCGUGCUGUAACGCAGAACUUCCGCAAUACGGAUUUAAUCAAGCCCAUUAUUUGUUCAAGAAAGGGAGUAAUGAAGGAUGCACUUUGAAAGAAUUCCAAUAAGGCCUUGGUAUAUGAAGAAUAAGGAAAACUCCAGCUACUGGUUCAUCACGAGUCAAUAUACAAAAAUUACAUGGAAAAAGCACCAGAGGUCGUUGUCUUACAAAGGUUUUUCCUAGAUAUGUUCUUUUUGCAGUGAGUCUCCAUGUUCUCACCCAAAGAAAAUCAAAUUUAAAAAAAAAAAGUCAAAAUCCUCAACAUCGUGGAAUUUGUAGGAUGAAAUGAGCAUGAUGCUGUUUUCAAACAAUUUUAUUUAAAUGUUUUAGAAAAUAGUAUGUACAAAGUGCUGCUGGUUUGAUUUAUGGCCAAAAAAAUGCCAUAUUCUCCCAAGCAAGGUUACAAAUUACACCUUUUGUCAAAAAAGUUAAUUUAUAACACUUUUACAGCCAUUCAAAUAUCUAAAACCAAAUCCUGUUUAUGUUUUCUUACACAGACCUCAAUAAACAGCAUAUUUACCUCUGUAAAUAUUACAUUUUUCAGUAGCUAAGGAAUUUACUUGAGUAAAUACAAAUAGUAAUCAACAAUGGAGACAUUUCUCAAAAUGGAGUUGAAGGAAAUGGCGGCAGACAUCCUCAGGAACAGGACUUAGUUUCGCUAGUGUUUUCUCUUAAGAAAAGACAAAGAGCCAUUUCCUUCUUGGACUCUUUGCUUGGGUUGCCAAACUCAGCCAUUCAUACCAUGGACAACGCUAAUAAAGAAUAGCACCGUGUUGUUGCUCCCACUGAUUAACUCUCUCUCUCUCUGGUCAGAAGUGUUUAUCAGAAUGAUACAGGGGAGAAUGUGCCACAUGAGGGAAACAGUUUACUUGUGUAACAUUUAUCUCAAGCUAAAUGUACACUGUGCUAUGUAGGGAGUACUGUAUAGUGCAUUGACCGUGUUCCAGCACUGAACAAAGACCUUAGGUUAACUCCUCUCCCUUUUCUGGCCUUGGCUUGUUCCAGACAGGGAAGCAGUCUGUCUGGGGCUAAUAGUGUAAUUGACAUCUCCUAAUGGGGAUAUGUUAGGAGAAGAGGUUGCUGUUGUAAGCUUGAGCAGUUCAGUCAUUUCUGCAACCACAGCAAAAAGGAAAACACAGUCACCGGUUUGGGGGGGAUUGUAAGAACAUACUGGACAUUCUAAAUAGCCCUAACACACAGGAACCAAUCAAAUGAAGUUGAUGCAACUGUUUUCAAACCAGGAGUUGGGUCUAAGAUAGCCUCUACGAAUCCAAGAGUGGACGACUCUCGUCUCUAACAUGUAGGCUCCCUUUUUGUGAACAGUCACAUCACAAGUCAGACUGUUGAAUAAACUUCAUCUGAAUGUAAUUUACCUGUUGUCUGCUGAUUUUGUCCUGAUGUAGGAGGUCAUCUGAGACAAAAUAUCCACAGAGUAGUGUUAUCAACCCAACUUUCAGUACGUUGGUCUGUAUGUUGCUUUGUAUUUUCAAUGCUGACGAAAUCGGCAAGCGACAUGCACAAUAUGUAAAAGAUGCCACAGACCAAACGUUGUCCCACGUAAUCAUCUGGCAAAUUUCACAAGCACUUCAAGCUGCUUUUGAAGUAAUGCGCUUUGGUCAACAACAUUCAGUUACAUCCGGCUAAUGUUGACAUAUUGUGCAUCACUUGAAAUGCAUCAGGAGAUGGAAAAUACAAGUGACAGAAACUAAUGGCGUGGCAAAAAGCUGUGUAAACAACACUUUCCUGUGGAUACCCUAUCUACACUUCCUACUGCCAAAAGGACCAACAGCACAGACAACCGGCAACGUACGUUUGAAUAUCAUUGUAUUCAACAUUCUGGCUUGUAGAGAC